AUGAUGAUACCCCCUUGCGAUCCCUCAAUACUCGAAAAGAACCCCCAGUUCAAGAAGCUGCACCAACAUCUCACAGGCAAUCUUCUCAAUGCAGAUGGCACUACUCGAGCUGAUGCAGACAGCCCGGAGCGAAAUUCACUCGCCAAGCUUCGCGAAACCAGCGCAGUUAUAGCAACGUUCCUUGAUGCGCCAUCGAAACUUAAUGAAUUCGAGGGUGCACCUGAACAAGAGCGACAGGUCUCACUCCUGAACCGCGAUAUUCAGAAUUUCCAUGAAAAUAUCCACGUCUUCAUACCCCUGCUAUCCGACACAAUCUCGUCAUGGCUUACCAGCCUGCGCUCAGUUGCCGACGCCGCAGGGAGCUCAACCGCCACCACAAAUAAUAAUAUAAGAUCAAAUGUUCCAGCAGCAAAUCAGUCUCGAUCACGCAUUCGGUCGAGACUAUCACUCAACGCUAGGAAAAUCCAACCACCACGACUUUCCACGCUACUUGAGCAAAGGAUAAGUCGACUCUGCGAACUUCAAAUCUCGGAACUGCCAGCCUCUAGACGAAUCAUGGCCGUCACUGCAGCGAGCCUUCUUGCAGCGCGCGGCGAGGCUAUGGAGCGCAUGAUUGUUCUUCUGGAACGAGCAAAACAUGGCGCGCUGUCUAGAGCGACGAAAGCACAUGCAGAUUACCUAGCGACGGUAGCGGAGUGCAUGAACAAUAAAGUACAGGUAACCAAGCUCGAGACUUUAUCCACCAUAUACACCCCCGAAAGCACAAUGGCACUCAAGAACUACCGCACAUAUUUAUACGAGGUCCAGAAGAGUCUUGAGGAGAAGAAGACCAUAGCGUCCCAAACAUUAGAAGAGUUUGAUCAAGUUGGCAUUAACAGGAAUAACAAUAACAGCAAAGCUGCACCAGGACCAAUGGCGCAUAUUGCACGACGAUAUGGAGAUUUGGCAAGAGAAGUGGAAGUCCUCGCCACCUCAACCCCGCAAUCUACAACUACCCGAAGAAACGAGGAGGAAAAGAAAAUGGCGGAUGACGACCAAAUCUCCAUCUACGACGAAAUCGAAAUCGAGGACAUGACAUAUGAUCCCAAUCUCGAAAUCUAUCAUUACCCGUGUCCCUGCGGCGACCGAUUUGAAAUUUCUAUCGAUUCGCUGCGCGACGGAGAGGAGAUUGCUGUUUGUCCGAGUUGUAGUUUGAUGAUUCGGGUUAUUUUCGAUGCUAAUGAUUUGGUGACGGAAGAAAAGCCAGAAGUUUCUACCGAGGUCAAGGUUCAGGCAUGA